CGGGGCGCUGGGCUCAGAGGCUGCUUGCCCGAGGGCUCACCUGCGGCAGGUGCUCCCAGCGGCCUUGCACCAGCGAGCGGCGGAGCGGCGCGGGGCCGGCACUGCGGACCGGGGAGAUGCUGCGUGAGCGGACCGUGCGGCUGCAGUACGGGAGCCGCGUCGAGGCGGUGUACGUGCUGGGCACCUUCCUCUGGACCGAUGUCUACAGUGCAGCUCCGGCCGAGGCCAAGACCUUCAGCCUGAAGCACUCGGAGCACGUGCAUGUGGAGGUGGUGCGGGAUGGAGAGGCAGAGGAGGUGGCCACCAACGGCAAACAGCGCUGGGCUCUCUCACCCACCACCACACUGCGGCUUACCAUGAACCAGGCGAGCACCGAGGCCAGCAGCGACAAGGUCACCAUCAACUACUAUGACAAAGAGGGGAGUUUUCCCAUCGACCAGGCCGGGCUCUUCCUCACAGCCGUUGAAAUCUCCCUGGACGUGGACGCAGACCGGGAUGGCGUGGUGGAAAAGAACAACCCGAAGAAGGCAUCCUGGACCUGGGGCCCCGAGGGCCAGGGGGCCAUCCUGCUGGUGAACUGUGACCGAGAAACACCCUGGUUGCCCAAGGAGGACUGCAGUGAUGACAAAGUCUACAGCAAGGAAGACCUCAAGGACAUGUCCCAGAUGAUCCUGCGGACCAAAGGCCCCGACCGCCUCCCAGCUGGAUACGAGAUAACACUCUACAUUUCCAUGUCGGACUCGGACAAAGUGGGCGUGUUCUACGUGGAGAACCCGUUCUUUGGCCAGCGCUACAUCCACAUCCUGGGCCGGCGGAAGCUCCACCACGUGGUCAAGUACACAGGCGGCUCCGCGGAGCUGCUGUUCUUUGUGGAAGGCCUCCGCUUCCCCGAUGAGGGCUUCUCGGGCCUGGUCUCCAUCCACGUCAGCCUGCUCGAGUACAUGGCCCAGGGCAUUCCCCUGACACCCAUCUUCACAGACACCGUGGUAUUCCGGAUCGCUCCGUGGAUUAUGACCCCCAACAUCCUGCCUCCUGUGUCAGUGUUCGUGUGCUGCAUGAAGGAUAAUUACCUGUUCCUGAAAGAGGUGAAGAACCUAGUGGAAAAAACCAACUAUGAACUGAAGGUCUGCUUCCAGUACAUUAACCGAGGCGACCGCUGGAUUCAGGAUGAAAUUGAGUUUGGAUACAUCGAGGCCCCUCACAAAGGCUUACCGGUAGUGCUGGACUCCCCCCGAGAUGGCAACCUGAAGGACUUCCCUGUGAAGCAGCUCCUGGGCCCAGAUUUCGGCUACGUGACCCGGGAACCCCUCUUUGAGGCCGUCACCAGCCUUGAUUCCUUUGGGAACCUGGAGGUCAGUCCCCCAGUGACCGUGAACGGCAAGACAUACCCCCUUGGCCGGAUCCUCAUUGGAAGCAGCUUUCCUCUGUCCGGCGGGCGGCGGAUGACCAAGGUGGUGCGAGACUUCCUGCAGGCCCAGCAGGUGCAGGCGCCUGUGGAGCUCUACUCAGACUGGCUGACCGUGGGCCAUGUGGACGAGUUCAUGACCUUCGUCCCCAUCCCAGGCACAAAGCAAUUCCGGCUACUCAUGGCCAGCACCUCGGCCUGCUACAGGCUUUUCCGAGAGAAGCAGAAGGAGGGCCAUGGGGAGGCCAUCAUGUUCAAAGGCUUGGGUGGAAUGAGCAGCAAGCGAAUCACCAUCAACAAGAUUCUGUCCAAUGAGAGCUUCGUGCAGGAGAACCAGUACUUCCAGCGCUGCCUGGACUGGAACCGUGACAUUCUCAAGAAGGAACUGGGACUGACUGAGCAGGACAUCAUUGACCUGCCUGCUUUGUUCAAGAUGGACGAACACCGCCAGGCUAGAGCCUUCUUCCCAAAUAUGGUGAACAUGAUCGUUCUGGACAAGCACGUGGGCAUCCCCAAGCCAUUCGGGCCUCAGGUGGAGGAAGUGUGCUGCCUGGAGACGCAUGUGCGGGCCCUGCUGGAGCCCCUGGGCCUCUACUGCACCUUCAUCGACGACAUCUCCGCCUACCACAAGUUCAUGGGGGAGGUGCACUGCGGCACCAACGUGCGCAGGAAGCCCUUCACCUUCAAGUGGUGGCACAUGGUGCCGUGACCCGCAGGGGGCCCUCCCUAGCUCUCCAGACCCCUUGCGCCCAGAACCUUUCUGCCCCACAGGGAGGAAGUAGGGUGGGACUCGAAGAAUCUGUGCCUUGCCCUCCCUGAGGGGGGCCUCAGCGUCCACCAAAGCCAUCCCCAGAGAGCCUAGGCACUGUCCUUCCUAAAAAUAGCUGGGCCAGUGUCUCUACAGCCCUGGCACGAAAAACAAAGCAAAACACAACGAACCAUGUACCCAAACCAUUCCCCGAAGAAUUCUUAGUCUCUAGUCUAACACUGAAUGUGGGGAGAAGGGAAGGAGAUUCUAGGGUUGCCAGGUUCUUCCAGCAGCCAUGCCCCAACGUCCAAGGUAAAACCCCUGGAAAGGGACCCUGGGAUGCCAGACACACUUUGAACUGGCAUUGUCAUUUCAAAUCCACCUUCUAUGGGGUUCUAGAAGGCUGCUUCCAAGUGUUCAUUCCUCACCAUUCUCUCCCAAACCCUUUGGCUUUCUCUCUGCUGUGUGGACACCGCUGCCCAGGGCUCCCCACUCCCUGAGGGUCCAAUAAUUUGCCUUAGAACCUUCCCUAGAAAUAGAUUUUGGCAGAGCAGUUUUUUCAUUGGCGUGAUACUCCCUGUCAUGUUUUUCCCAGAUGCAGUCUCCCGACAUGCAGCUUUCACCCUAGACCAGCCUCCUUGUGGCCUGAGAGUUCAGUGUUUAAGGAUGCCCCAGCAAUAUCACCUUCCCUAGCCUGCCUGGCCAAUUCCUGACCACUCUCCUCCCAUUGCCUCAACUUUCUUCUUAUUCCCGAUGCCAUCUGUACAGGCAGCUUGGCAAGAACAUCUUCACCAGCAGCCAAAUUCAAAUCUUCAAGUCAGGGCAUAAUAAACAACCUUCCCCUCCUCCCUAGACAUCAGCUCCCACGCAUAAGACCUGGCCUACCCUUCCGGCCCAAUGGCCAGUUCAGGGCCAGCUGCUGGCCUUAGAGAUGGUUUGAUUAUCCCAUUGAAAUUCACCGGUGCAUUUGCCAAAGAUUUGUUCCCUGGCUCCAACUGAAAAGACUCAGUUUCCAUUUUUUAAAGUUCCUUCAGGGCCAAAAGAAUAAGUAAAUUAUAAUUCCACUUUGAAGGUUAAAAAGAACCAAUGAAAAAGUUAUAAAUUUAUAUUCUGGUAGGAAUAGGAUUUUCAUUUUGAAGUCUUUCAUUCAGCCCUUCAACAAACAUUUGUUGCAUACCCACUAAGUACCAGGCAUGAUUUGGCUCUGUAAAUACAUUGGUUAGUAGCAGAUUGGACCUGGUUCUUUCCCCCAUGCAAUAAGUCAGUUCCCAACAUGCAAAGCCCUUAUUUAAAUAGCCAGCAUCUGCCCUUUCAGUGAUGUGCUCUUAGGAAAUGCCAGUCCACUAUAUUCAGGAAAUGCACAGAGCACAAAGCUUCCUGCCAGCCACUGUCUUGGUAAAAUGGGAGGGGAGGUCUUUUUAGACAGGCCUCCUUCUCAUCUAACUGGGCCAGUGCCACCUAUCAGAUCCGUCCCCCAAACCUUCAGAAGCUGUUGUCCCCACUCUGGGGACAGUGUUCCUGCCUUUGGAGGAGGCCAAAGCCUCAGAUCUUCUCUCCAGCCCCAGAGCUGAAAACACCAAGUGCCUAUGUGAGGGUGUUUAUCUGGAGACUUAGAGUUUGUCACGUGUGUGUGUGUUUUUGGUUAAUGUGGGUUUAUGGGCUUUUUUUUCUAGUCUUCAUUAAGGGGAAGUGAGUGCCCCCUGUGUGGAGACAGUGUGUCUUUAUAGAUUUUUCUACAGCUCUUCCUAUUGGUAGGUCAGUAAUUCUCUGAUGUUUCUGGAGCUCCCAGAACUCAGACGGCCACUCCCAUCUCAUUUGCCUACCCAGUGUGAUGACCGUGGUGUGGACACACCCCUGUGGACUCAUUGCUCUUCCCCACACCCACUGUCUAUAAAGUAGGCCUAGAACACGCUUCUAUGUUACAAAACUCAUCAGAGUUCCGGUUUCCAUCUUUAUUUUGACAUAUUUUAUGUUAAAGGGCAGUGGGUGUCGUGCAGAUGGCAAGAAGCAAAACACAGCUUCAACUUUCUAGCAAAAAGCCCAUGACGGAGAUCAAAAGAUGUAUGGGGAAGAACUUGACUAAAGAGCAAUAAAAUAAACGGUCCGAGGGGAAGUCA